AUGAUUACUGGUAGGUUCAGAAUGUUCUAUAUUAUCCAGAUUUUGAUAUUUUUGCUUAUGACGAAAAGAGCAAGCUGUGAUCAUCAGGAACAAGUUGUAAUUGGAAUAAACCCAUCUCCAGAGCCAAAAGCAAUAGAUAAACAAAUAUACAGCAACUUGUUCACAUAUGCUCAUUUGAUAGACAUAUCCUAUUGCAUCUCGAAGUUGGGGGGUAUUGAGGAGCCGUUUAAAUGUGAUUUGAGCUGUGAAGAGUCGUUUCCGAACAUGACAUUGAUUUACCAAUGGUUCUACGAUGACUCAGUUUGUGGGUAUAUUGCUACUACGGAGUCAAAUAUCUUCAAUUAUACCGAUAAAUUGUCGGAGGAAAAGAAGAAGAAGAAGACAAUUGUUGUCUCGCUAAGGGGAACUCGUUCUCUUUUCGAUACUCUAGCUGAUAUGAAGGUUGAGAUGACAGACUAUGCUAACUUAAGGUAUAAUCUUCCCUGUUGUAAGGGAUGUAAGGUACACAAAGGGUUCUACGAUAAUUUUCUUCAUACACUUUCUAACAUUCAUUCUAUACUUGAGGAAGAACUAAAGGAAGACAACUAUGAAAUUGUCUUUUUGGGACACUCCUUGGGAGGAUCAGUGGCACUCUUUCUAGCAUUGCACUAUUUAGAUCUUGGAUAUGAUAAGUUUACGCUAGUAACUAUGGGUCAGCCUUUGUUAGGAAACAAAAAGUUUGUGGACUGGGCUGAUCAAGCAUUGGGUAGUAAGAAGGAACUUAAGCAUGAUUCAUUUGAUAGGAAGUUCAUAAGAGUUAUUCAUAAAAAGGACUUAAUAACUACAAUCCCUGCGAAUGAUAAGAUACUCAAUUCUUAUUACCAAUUCAAUAAUCAGGUUUAUUUAAACUGUUCAGCAGCAACGACUGACCCAUUACCAGACCAAGUGAUCGAUUGUUUCACCGGUGAUAAUUCGAAGUGCAUCAAAAAAGACUUUUCCAACGUCUUUGACAAUAUGUAUGGUCAGUACUACGAGAGCCAUAAUACAUAUUUCCGAAAAUUAGGGUUAUGUGGUUUGAAAAUUAAAUAG